CUUGAUGUAAUGCAUAUUGAGAAAAAUGUGUGUGACAAUGUGAUAAAUACUUUGCUCAAUGAAACUGGAAAGUCAAAAGAUCACGUUAAUGCUCGAAAAGACCUACAAUCAAUGGGCAUAAAAUCUGAUCUUUGGCCUGAUGAGCAUGGAGAUUAUCCCUCUGCUAUUUUUACUAUGACAAAUGAACAGAAAGACAUUUUUUUAAGGACUUUAAUGAAUGUGGUUGUUCCAGAUAGUUACUCGAGAUGUGUUGAUGUGAAGCAACGAAGAUUAUUUGGGUUGAAAAGUCAUGAUUGCCACAUUCUUAUGCAGCAACUAUUGCCGAUAGCGUUGAGGAAUGCAUUACAUGGCUUAGUGUCUGCAGUUUUAGCUGAUCUUUCAUCAUUUUUUCGGCAGUUAUGUUCUAAAGUGUUGAAUCCCAUGGACCUUGAUAACCUCCAGAAUCAAAUCAUUCUCACUUUGUGUCAUUUAGAAAUGAUAUUUCCUCCAUCUUUCUUUACUGUCAUGGUUCACUUAGUUGUUCAUUUAGUUGAUGAAGUGAGACGUGGUGGCCCGAUACAUUAUCGAUGGAUGUAUCCUAUUGAAAGGUUCUUGGGGCAUUUGAAGUCUUUUGUACGUAAUAUGGCACAACCUGAAGGCUCAAUUGCUGAAGGUUAUUUGGCACAUGAAAUUUUAACAUUCUACUCAAGAUAUUUUGAAGAUGUUGAGACAAGAAUGAAUAGGCCGAGGCGUGUGGAUGAUAAACCUGAUGAUGUUGGAUAUCAUGAAAAGGAAACUAUGUUCCCAAAAAUUGGCAAAUCAGUAGCGGGUUCAUAUUUUAAGCUACCACCAAUGCAGAAGCAACAAGCACAUCGUCAUGUGUUAAUUAAUUGUCCAGCAGUUGACCCAUUUAUCCAGGAAUUUAGGACAGAAACAAAGAGAAGGUUAAGGAGUCGAACUCGGUCGGAAUCUACGAUAGAUAAAAUUGUGCACAAAGAAUUUGUUUCCUGGCUUCAAAAGCGAAUUUUGAAUGACGUCAACGAGCAUUCCAGGGAACUUAAGUGGCUUGCAGUUGGACCACUUGAAGAAGCCAAGAGAUUUACUUCAUACAAUGUCAAUGGAUUCAAAUUUAGAACUUUAUCACGGGAGCAGGGGCUGAAAACUCAAAACUGUGGAGUAUUUGGUACAUUUGAUACUAGAAGUUAUGCAAGCAACCGUGACAACAAUAUGGUAGUUGGAGGUGUUCCGUAUUACGGAAAAUUGGUGGACAUAAUCGAAUUGAACUACAAUGGUCAAUUUACAGUUACCUUGUUCAAGUGUCAAUGGGCUAAUACCACUACUGAUAAAGGCAUAAAAAAGAUGAGUUGGGAUUUACGAGUGUUAAUUUUUCCCGUUUGAUACAUCUUGGUGAU